GUGGGUCUGUGAUUGAUAGGAAGACUAUAUUAAAGCUAAAAGAGUUUUUAGAUACGUUUUUGACUGAAUUGCAGCAUAGUAAUAAAAUACUGUCAGAUAGAGCUAUUGAUUGCUUGAGAUUAUUUGUAUUCACUUGUCACACUCCUGACUGGUCUGUCCCAAAGCUUGCUGUUAGCUGGUCGCUACUAAAGAAAAUCACCUUUGCAGAAUAUGAACCAAGCAACAAUGUUGCCAGUCUUCUUGAGUCUUGUGCUGUAUUGGAUCAGUUAAACUCAGUAGAUGCUCACUGUAUUCAGUUGUUCAGAAAGGGACUAGGUUCACCAUUACCUCCUGCUUCACUCAUGCAAAUUAAUUUGAUGGAUCUUCUUUUAUCUGCUAACAAUAAACAACAAUCAUCAUCUCCUCCUCUUCAUAUCCUUGAUGAUACUACUAAUCGUAGCUCUAUCCUCCAGCUAAUGACAGAGUAUCAUCACAAUGGUAGCAAUAAUGAAGAACAAGAUAAAGAAGCUUGCUUGAAAUUAGAGGAACUUUUGACUAGUACAUCUAAAAGUCAACCCUCUUCCUCAAGUCUUGUCCCUGAUGUUGUGAGACUAGGUUUAAAUGCAAUACCUGAUCUAUUCCUUGCAGUCUCUACCAGCUAUGAUGCUGGACUAUUAGCAGAGAAGAAAAGGUCAUUUAUAAGAUAUUGUCUUCGGGUACCACAGUGGUCACUGCAUUCACUCCUAUGUAUCCCUCAUGCCACUGAUGAAGCUAAACCAAUGAAGAAUUUUACUGAAUGGUUAGAGCUGCUUUCUACUGACACAAAUCUUUCAUUAUCAUCUUUCUCUAUUUUGAGCAAAUCAUUAUCGGAUCUAACCUUCUCUCUCCUCUUUUCUAAUGAUGAGGAGUUUCCUGGUGAUGGGUCUAGCACUUCAAUCACUGUUCAGAAUUUUGAUAAGAAAUGCUCUGAAUUGCACGUAUUACUGCAGUUCCUGUUUAUGAAGUGUUUUACUGAAAAAUCUCAGAGCACAAAAUGCGAACAAGAGUUUCAAGUGCUUAAAGAUGUGUUGAAUAGGAUACUACUAUCCCUUCAGUCAGUCAUUAAGGAUCAGUUUGAUAUCGAUACAGUGCUUACUGAUACAACUCAUAGCCUAACUAACAGAACUACAGCUGUAUCAGAACUCUUCCUCUCAUUAUUGGAGAGGAAUGAAAUCUCUGGACUUGCUUGGGGCCACUUUUUUACUUUAUUAUCAUCAGCAUCAGUAGCUUUAGAAUCCAGUGGUAGAGGGACAAGAGAAGCAGUAGAGACUGCUAGAGUAGCUAUUGGUGAAGGCCUGGUUCAUUUAUUAGCUCCAGUAUCAGCAGUUGAUCCACUAGUAAUGGAUAAUAGCACUAAUGAAUACCUGGAACUACUGGUGACUAUGAAUAAUACAUUUAUAGAAUCAUUUCAAUCUUACAUGAAUGCUGUAGCCCAUGGUGUACAGGACCAGCUCUAUAUCCAUCAGUCCCAGUCCACUCCUCAUCAAUAUGUGUCUUCUAAAAUGAAUUCUGCCA